AGGGAAGCUCCUUAAAUUCAGGCGUGGCAUUAUAGGAAGCCCUCUGGAGCACGUUGUAACUUGAAUUUCUGUAUACGGUUGCAAUCGGAGUCGAUUUACUUAAUCAAAAUGGUUGAACAAUUUGUGGGCACAUGGAAACUGACAAACAGCGAUAAUUUUGAUGAAUACAUGAAGGCGAUAGGUGUGGGUUUUGCUACCCGCCAGAUGGGGAACCUCGUCAAGCCAAACUUGCUGAUCAGCGUGGAUGACCAGGGCGUGAUCUCCAUGAAAGCUCAAAGCACAUUUAAGACGACAGAAAUCAAAUUCAAGUUGGACGAGGAGUUUGAUGAAACGACUGCCGAUGACCGGAAAACAAAGACCGUGAUUACCCUGGACAACGGAAAACUCGUGCAGAAACAGACAUGGGAUGGCAAGGAUACUACAAUUGAACGAUAUAUUGAAGAUGGAAAGAUGAUUGCGAAAUGCACAAUGAAGGAUGUGGUGUCCGUGAGAACCUAUGAACUGGAGGCAUAAUCAUUUUUCUACCACAUCAAGUUUAAUGUUUCUGGAAAUCCGACCCGAGGUUGCUUAUGGUACCAUGUACGCGCUAUCUAAAACGUGCUUUGAUUAAAAUGUUCUUUUCGGAGUAA